GCAUCGCUGCCUAGUAGAGUAACUGACGAUUGGUCAGGCAGAGUGGUUCGCUGCUUCACUGCUGCUCAUCAAUUCGACGCUGCACUUUACUUUACGGAUUUUCUUAAUUUGACACAACCGAUUGUUAAUGGGAAUCUGUAACCCACAUGAAAAUCACUGCAAAAGAUGACGUCGACAAGCAUCCUCGAACGCAAAAAAACUCCAACCGACGUAAGCAGGCGAGUGUAACAAAGAUGACAAGGACCGAUCUUUAUCAGGCUCUUUUCCCCUCCUAUUAUCUGAGCAAGGCAUGGGGUAUUCUGCCUGUUCGAUUCACGAAAACGGGGCCAGAAAAAUAUCUGGGACGGCUACAUUUCGUCGACAUUACCUACAGUACCUGUCUGCUGCUGGUCAUGGUUUGCGCGGAAUUUUGGGGACUCUGGAGGGACCUUCAUGACGGUUGGGAACAUAGCACAAGAAUGAAAUCCAAAACUGCUGUAGUUGUCACUUGCAGCGAUAUUAUGGCUGUGGCUUUACUUGCCGCUGUUUCUAUUUUGGGAGCGCCUUUCAGAUGGAACAAGAUACAAGCUAUUAUGGACCGGCUCGUCGAGGUGGAUGAAAAACUCGGCAUUGUCGCAUUGAAAAAAACCCGAAGAUUUUGUAUAGUGAUAUUAUCAGGAACGUUGAUUUAUUUCAACGCACUUUCGAUAAUUGAUUACUUAAUAUGGGUCAAUCAAACAAAAAAAAAUGUCAAACUCAAAGACAAAGGGGCAAUAAAUUACGUACCCCUCUAUUUUUUGUACGUCAGCGUAAUGUUGAUGGAAGUUCAAAUCGCCCUCGCUGCAUACAGUUUGGAACAAAGAUUCGCACGGUUGAACAAGUCGUUGGAGAACCUGAUGAAGACCGAAAAACUACCAAAUCUUUUUCCGAGCGAACUGAGUGCGGGUGAUUUUAACGAACACGGUCAAUUCAGAGCUGUCAUCAGAGGAGAUCUAAGAGGCGAGCCUCUAUUUCGGAUAAGAAAAAUAUCGGACAUAGAAUUGAUCAAAAGUGGCAACAGCAAUUUGGCUGAGACGAUAUACGACAUGGUAACGGUCCAUUCCUCCCUUUCGGACACCGUCCUCUUGAUCAACAAUGCAUUUGGUUUCCCAGCUCUGAUAGCGGUGCUGACGUGUCUACUGCACUUGAUCAUCACCCCUUAUUUUUUAAUUUUGGAAGCCAAUGGAGAACACAAUGAAUUCUUUCUGGUCGUCCAACUGAUGUGGUGCGUCGGUCACGUCGGUAGAUUACUGAUAAUCGUUCAACCGUGUUACGCCGCCUCCGUUCAGGCAAAGGAAACUUCGGUACGCGUCAGUCAGUUAUUAUCAGCCAAUUGGGAGCCGGAUGUACGAAGGCAAUUAGAAAUAUUUUCUCUCCAACUGUUGCACAGGCCAUUAGAAUUCACCGCGUGUGGACUCUGUUCGCUUGACAGAUCUCUCGUGACGUCGAUCGCAGGAGCAGUUACGACGUACCUAGUAAUCUUGAUCCAAUUUCAAAAAGAUGACGACACAAAAGAAACAAAUACAAUAUUGAAAAAUGCAACCAUGCUGUUGAAGAACGCCACCGUGCUGCACAACACAACUUGGAAGCACAUUUAAUUAAUCUAUUCGUUAUUUUCAUUGUUCGUUUUUCAUUAGCUAAUCGUAAGUAAGCACAAGUACAUAUGACGAGAAAAAAAUCAAGUUGCUUUUAACCUAAUCUUCAUGUAUAUUAUUCCGUUGUCGGUGUCAGCCAGAAUAUUAUAUGACUCGGAGGGAAUAUCAAUAUUGAGGAAUCCUACUUCAAAUCCACACGCCCGUGACACUUGGACUUUUUGAUUUGUUCUCUACUGAAUUUUUAAUGAGUUAUACGAACAAAAAUAACUCAUGUGUAAUAUAUGCACCUAUUUUGUAUUUUCGCGAUAGAAUUUUACAAUGUUUAAGUUCCGGUUUCCAUAACAAAAUUUCACGCUUGAUCAGGUUAAAAAAGCCCAUCUAACCCCACCUGGGAAGUGAACAAUAGAAAAUUUGAUAUUUGCACGUCUCUUCGACAAUCACAUUUUCUAAAAACAAGUGGGCGUCCCAAUUCGAUUUCAUACUAGGAUUGCCAUGCUUUGAUCUUGGAUGAAAUUUACAAAAAAUACUCUUAGCUACAGAUAAAAUUUUCAAGUUAACUGAACUCGAAAUAUCGCUGCGAACAGCGAUCCCGGAGGUUUUCAAAUUCAGCCAUGUCAGGAAAUCGAGAAAUAUACGCAAUGUCAUGUCAGUAAUUUUUUUCACCAUACUAUAUGACUCGGUAAAAAUCACAAGUAAAAUUGAACGAAUUGUGGUUCACAGUUGGCCAGUCGAUUAGGGGUGCAACUCCCCCAAAAUUUCGCUCGAAUCUGAACUUCAUGAAAUAUCUAUUACAUUGUACAAACAAGCGAGAAAAUUAUAACUAUUAGAUGUGAUUGUAUACCUUCACUUGUGAAGAUAAGAAGAGAUCCAAUAAAAUAACGUAUCAAUAAACAUGAAUUGGAGAACAUAAAAUAUUGAAAAUCAAACAAAAUAAAGCUCAUGGAUGAUGCGUCGUGAGCUGUAUGUAAAUUGUGAUUGUCAAUUGAAU